AUGCCUGUGGUGAGCGUCUGCGUGGCUGGGCCCCACCAGGCCGGGCAGGGGGGAGGGGGCUCCAGGCCCCCGAAAGGGCAGCACCCAGCCCAGGAGAGCCGGGGGUCACGGGCUCCCGCCCUUUGGGGAAGAGGCGGGAAGGAGCAGGAGCGGGUCCCACCCCCCGAACCGAGCAGCCCCGAACCGAACAGCCCGGGGCGCCCCCGAACAGGGGAACUGGCUCCCAGCCCCGAACCGAGCGGCCCCGAACCGAACAGCCCGGGGCGCCCCCGAACAGGGGAACUGGCUCCCAGCCCCGAACCGAGCAGCCCCGAACCGAACAGCCCGGGGCGCCCCCGAACAGGGGAACUGGCUCCCAGCCCCGAACCGAGCGGCCCCGAACCGAACAGCCCGGGGCGCGAACAGGGGAACUGGCUCCCAGCCCCGAACCGAGCAGCCCCGAACCGAACAUCCUGGGGCGCCCCCGAACAGGGGAACUGGCUCCCAGCCCCGAACCGAGCAGCCCCGAACCGAACAGCCCGGGGCGCCCCCGAACAGGGGAAUUGGCUCCCAGCCCCGAACCGAGCAGCCCCGAACCGAGCGGCCCGGGGCCUCGUGAGCGGGGAAACUGGCUCCCAGCCCCGAACCCAGCGCCCGGCAUCCAGCCGAGGCUCCGAAGUGGGGCCCGAGUCCUGCCUUCUCGGGACCACGGCCCCAGCGAGCGCCCCGCCUCCCCACAACCGCUUUCCCUCGGAGUCUGGCCGGGGUCCCCGCUCCCCAUCUACGUCUGCUGCUCCUCCCGGCCGGUCCCUCCCCCAGGACUGCCCCGCUGCCAGCACAGGGGGCGCGCCCUGGAGCAGGUACGGGAGGGGCUGCCCAAGGGGGGGCGCAGCCACUUACCUCGGCCCGGAGCUCCGCUGCCUCCCGCCCCAAGCAGCCUCCCCACGGAGGCCGCGAGAGAUGGAGGGCCACGGACGGGACGGGCCGGGCGGGAUCCGACCGAGGCGAGCCUGCGAAACGUCAGAGCCGCCGCCUGCUCAGGCUCUCCGGGGAAAGCCGAGCACCCCUUCGGAUCCCCCGGGCCUGGAGGCCACCCCCGCCCCCAGCCCACCCCCUGCCUUCCGUCGGAAGCCAAUUAGGCAGCUGGGAUUCGCAGGGGAGGGGCGGGACGCGAGUGGGGGAGGGGCGGUGGAGCCCCCCCCUCUGGGAACGGGGGGCACUGUGCGUGUUGGGAGGGGGCAGCCACCAUGUGUGUUGGGGGAACACUUUUCUCGCACCCGCGAAUGGGCGCUGGAGGCAGGGGGACCGCCGCGAGAACGAGCCACGGGGGAUCGGGGUCCUUCUCGAGGUCCUUCUCUCGAUCCCUUCCCUGAGGACUCCGUUUCGGGCUCGGAGACGGAGGAGCGAAGUCUCCACCACCCCGACGCGGGACGGGGCGGGGCUUGUGGAGGGGGGCGGGCCCGAGGUCAGGAUGUCCAUCCAUCCCCCGCCUCCGAGCACCGACAGAGGACUAUCGGGCUGUCGCCGCCAGAACGGGCCACGCGCUUGCUUUGCCCCCGAGCGAUCGCCGGCAGGGUCAGAAAACGUCCCCUAAGUCCUGGGGCCAAAAUGGGCCCCACUGCUGCCCCCCACGGGCGCCAUGGGCGUUACGCAUGCCAACAAGUUCCAGCCCCGCUCGCGUCCUCAGCGGCGGCGCCUCCACCACCCGUCCUGGGCCGGGGUGGCCGCCUCUGCUCCAGGGACUCGCGGAGCCCACCCCACGCAGCCCGGAACGAAUGA